GAUGCUGUUAUCCAGUCUCCUAGUGGCUUCUCCUAGAACCAUGUAACCAUGACACGGCUCGUACUGAUGAAGAGAUGACCUUUGACCUCAAAUAAAUUUUUACAACCAGAAGGGGUAUUAACAAACAAUUGAUGCUGUCCAGUUGUCCAGAUGACUUUUGCCUUGAAAAGGGAUUUUUGAAAGUAAAGUGACUUCUCUGAUUCCGUCAAUUACUACAAAGACUCGAGAUGGGCAAUGCUCUAAGAAAAUUGUUCGGGUUAGGAGGUUCAAAUAAUACAGAUUCGUCUAACACAACACAGCCUAAAGCAAAAAGAACUCAAAAUGUUGCGACACAUUCGCCUCAGAAAUCAUCAGCUGACCAGCCUCCUCCUGUUCCAUGGAGGCCCCCAGAGUUAAGUUACAUCGCUCUCUAUUCAUUUCAAGGAAGAAACGAAGGUGACUUAUCGUUUCAGAAAGGAGAAGUGCUUAAAGUAUUCGACCAAUCUGGUGAUUGGUGGGUAGCUUCCUCAACUAGGACUAAUGUCCAAGGCUACAUCCCAUGCAAUUAUGUUGCACCAGUCAACUCAUUAGAGGUUGAAGAUUGGUUCUUUGGUUCGUGUACACGGAGUGAAGCCAUCAUAAGAUUACAAGCUGACAAUCUACCGAAAGGAACCUUCCUCGUUAGAGAAAGUGAAACAAGACCAGGUACAUAUGCACUCACAGUGAGAGAGACGGACAACGGUCGCCCACCGACAAUUAAGAACUACAGGAUAGAUAAGACUAAAGAUGGCAGCGAACUCUUCUUUAUUAAUCCCCAGAGGAAAUUCAUGACCGUGGUUGAUGUCGUCAAGUUUCAUUCAAGUCAACCGGGUGGUCUUUGCUCAAAGCUCAUCAAACCUUGCCCCAAACAGACCCCCAACACACGGACCCUUGGCCAUCAGAUUUGGGAGCUCCCUCGUUCUUCUCUCAAACUCGAUACCAAGCUUGGUCAAGGGCAGUUUGGAGCAGUAUGGAAAGGUAUCUAUGACGGCAAGGUAGAAGUUGCCGUGAAGACGUUACGGGCAGGAACGAUGUCACCAGAAGCAUUUCUCGCUGAAGCAAACCUGAUGAAGGAGCUUAGACAUGAUAAGCUGGUCAAUCUCUAUGGAAUCUGUUCUGAUGAGGAGCCGAUCUACAUCAUCACAGAAUUGAUGGUCAAUGGUAGUUUACUGGGCUACUUAAGAGAGGGAGAUGGUCGUUUUCUUGGAUUGAGGGAACUUGUUGAUAUCGCCGCUCAGAUUGCCAGUGGGAUGCAUUACCUUGAGACGAAGGGCUAUGUUCAUAGAGACCUGGCUGCUAGGAAUGUGCUGAUUGGAGAGAACAAUGAGGCUAAGGUAGCCGACUUUGGAUUGGCCAAGCUGGUGCAGGAUGAUAACUAUGUGGCUAGAAGAGGGAGUAAAUUUCCAGUAAAGUGGACCGCUCCGGAGGCUGCCCUCUAUGGGACGUUUAGUAUAAAGUCUGAUGUUUGGUCAUUUGGUAUUCUGCUCUCGGAGAUUGCUACUAAAGGCAAGACCCCAUACCCAGGUAUGGACAACCAGACAGCAUUGCAAGAAGUGAAGAGUGGAUACCGCAUGCCCAAGCCGAUGUACUGCCCCGACUCUCUCUAUGAUAUCAUGAUGAAAUGUUGGAAUGAAUCGCCACAACAGAGACCCACCUUUGAGACUCUCUACAACUUCCUUGAUGAUUACUUUGUGUCAACGGAGCCGGAAUACCAUGAUCCGGAGGGAUUUUAGUCGUGACUCUAAGAAGUUUCGAUAUCUAGGAAAAUAUUUCUAUGCUGGAAACCUCUGAGACUACAUGUAUAAGGAAGUUCCUUGAUGAUUGCUUUGUUUCAACAAAGAGAGUCAAAGGAAUACUAUGAUCUUGAAGAAUUUUAACAUCUAAGAUAUUACUUCUGUGCAGGACUUCUUUGAGACUUAUUACAACUUCCUUGAUGAUUACUGUGUGCAACAUAACCAGAAUACCAUGAUCCUGAUUUUAGUUGUGAAAGAAGUAAUCCUUAGUUUUAACAUGAAAGAAAAUGCCAAUGCUCGUAUGUUUGAAACUCUACGAUAAGAGGUAAUCGUAGGUUGUAUUUUCUAGGAAAAUGCUUCUUUGCAGAACAUUUUGGGACUAUAAAGAAGUUCUUUGAUGAUGAUUACUUGUGUCAAUAAAGCUGGAAUAUCAUGGUUCUUGUGGAAUUUUAGUUGUGCUUCCAAGAAAUACUCCUUAGUUCUGAUAAGGAAGACACCUUUUAGACUACUCUAAACUUCCUGGAGCAUCUUUUAUGUGUCAACGGAGCCAGAGUAUCCUGAUCAUGAGGGACCUCUGUUGUGACUUCUUAAGAAAUGAUCCUUUGUUUUAACAUCUAGGAAAAUGCUUCUGCUCUAUGUGUGAGACUCUACAUUAAGAGGCAAUCCUAUGUUGUGUUAUCUAGGAAAAUGCUUCUAUGCAGAACACGUUUAAAGAAAUUCCUUGAUAAAUACUUUGUUUCAAGUCAUAGUAUGAUGAUCCUGUGGGAAUUUAGUUGUGCCUUCAAGAAGUACUCCUUGGUUUUCACAUGCAUAACAUCUUUCAGACUAUCCUCAACUUUCUGGAUGAUUACUUUGUACCAAUGUAGCCGGGAUAUCAUGGUCCUGUGGAAUUUUAGUUGUGCCUUCAAGAAGUGCUCCUUGGUUCUGAUAUGUACGACACCUUUGGGAAUAUCCUCAAGAUCCUUGAUGAUUGCUUUGUGUGAUUGGAGCCGGAGUAUCAUGAUCCGAUUGGAUUUAAAAUGUGCCUUCAAGAAGUACUAAUUGGUGUUGAUACCGAGGAAAAACUUCUAUUCAUAACACCGAUGAGACUUGUCUAAGGUUUUCUGGAUGACUCCUAUAAUUGUGUCAUAAUCUUAAAGGAUUUUAGUCAUCACGUUUGAAGUUACCAUACCACAUUGAUUUGAUAUCUAGGAAAACGUUUGACACCUUCGAGAUCAUGAUCUACGAUAACUUUGUGUCAAGUGUCAAAGUCUCGACAGAAUCAAAAGCACCAUGAUCUUGAGAAAUCAGUCCAGAUUUCGCAAGGCACUGCUUUUU